CAACAGGACCAGGGACUCGCCCGGAGGACCGCGGAUUUACCCGGUUGCCAUGGUGACCAAGGCGUGCUGGGGCCGAGGAGAUCCGCGUUCCUGAGGAAGUUCGCGUUGAGUCCGAAACCAGGUUUCAACAAAACAAAAAAAAGUCAAAUGUUGUCAAUUAUUGACCAAUUAUUUUGUGGCGGCUGGGGUGAAUGUAGUAGCCAGGAAGGCGGUACGUUCGCCACAUCCUUGAAUGCGUCGAUCUUUUUCGACCCGUUGGUCCGAGAGGGUUUAAAAGAGAUGUUUUACGAUUGAAAGUUGAGUAAAAACUCGGGGAGAGUAACGUUGUGAUACUGUGAUCGUUAACGGAGAAACGUGGAUAAUGGAUAACGAACCUCGGUUGAUAGUAUGAGGGCUGCUGGAUACUUCAUCACACUUUUGGGAAAGAAAACCAGAAACUCAUAAGGAUUCUCAGAGGUGCUCAUCUUGAGCUGUCCAGAGGAGGCCAACACAGCGGUGACAUCAUGGUGAGGCAUAACCCCAGACGGCCGAAGACAAAUGCUGGCACUCAGAUGCCUACUCUCAAGCCAUUAUCUCUGAUGGACGACCCCGCCGCCAAGCAGAGCCCUCCUCCUUAUGCAGAGCUCUUCACAGCCCCUGCUAGCGGCCAGCCGGGGUUCCCAGACCGUGUGUACCUGUUGGCAGCAGCCAUCUUCCAGAACAAUCACCAGCAGAAGCCUGCGUCUCACCGGCUGGUCAAUUAUGGCAAGCAAGAAGGCUCUGCCCUACCCAAGGUCAAGGAGGGGGGAAUGGACCUGGCAGCCUACGAGUUGGCCUUCAACACACUGAAAUAUCAAGAACUACUGGAGGACAUCUUGAUUGACAGCUGCUUUUACCUGGCUCAACCAAUGCCCGACGAGCAGAUGAGCUUGGUGGCCGUCAUGCUUUAUGACUUCCAGGACAGGAAGUUCCUCCCACGGGAACAUCGGGGGGAGGAGCUUAUACAGGAAGUCCUGGACGUGGAGGACUGCCUCCACAGAUUCAAGACCAAGCUGGCGGCGUCGCUGGCUCGCAGCAGGAUCAAACACGACCUGCUGUCCAUCGACUGCCUUCUGCCUGAGAGCCUACGGAGGAACCAGGAAAGGGCAGGCAGCCUGCCCCUCUACGCCUGGGUCAACCCCCUCAAGAGCAGUGUGGACGAGGUGAUGGAGGCCCUGAAGAGGGCCGGCUUCACGCGGGCCCCGUCCGUGGAGGAGCUGAGGGGCCGCUCCUUCUGCACGGACCCCCACUGCGGGGACGUGCUGGCGUUCCCCGCCGGCCUCCGCGGCGACCUCUACACCACCACGUUGCCUGGCGACCACAAGCUGAUCAUCCAGGAGAAGCUGUGUGGCCUGGGCCCCCACGCGGCGGCCCACCUGCUGUCGGGGGAGGGCGACCUGCUCCUGGCGGGCUGCUUCUCCGGCCUCAGCGUCGCCCACGCCGCCGGCCUGGUGGCCGGGGACGACCGCGGCGACGCGGGGGGCUGCAGGGUCCUGGCCUGCGUGGGCGACAGCACGACCCAACAGCAGGAGGAGCUGGAGGGGGUCCUGACCGCCAUGGGCUGCAAGAACGUGGAGCUCAUCCCCCAGGACUUCCAGACCCUUGCGGGGGCUGACGCACGGCUCCAGAGAGUGCGGGUGAUCCUGUUGACCCCGCAGUGCUCCGUGUCGGCCGUCAGCAACCCCCUGGACUUCAUCCUGAGGGAGAACGGAGACAGAGGCCUGCUGCCGUACCUCUCCCAGGGCUCCGUAGCCCAAGGCAAGCUGGAAGCUCUGGUAGCACGGCAAACCAAGGACCUCCAGCACGCCUUCAGCUUCCCUAAGGUCAGAUCCGUGGUGUAUUGCACCGUGUCUCUGUUCCCAGAGGAGAACGAGGAGUUGGUGUGGAGAUGCCUGGAGCAGAACCGGACCCAACCAGACGAUCAAACCAAGCUGCAGCACUUCGGGCCCAGCGUGGUCCUCCCCAGCUUCCUGGCCCCCCCAGAGGGAUGUGAGGAGCCCUUCUUCAGGCUGGAGCCCACAGCACACAGCAACGGCUGCUUCCUGGCCGUCCUCACCAGGGAGCCGGAGCCCUUGGUGGAGGAGACUCCGCAGGAGGUUCUCAGCCGGGCGAACGCCAAGGGCCUAUUGGACAAGAUAGGUGUCACUCAGCCCUCGACCAGGAGAGCCAAGAAGGGUGCGGCCUCUCGAACGGCCAAAGAGAUCCACGGACCCCGGGCGCUGCACCCCCAACCCCGCACCCCUGGGGGUCACCCCCCCAGGCUGGGCCAGCCGCGGCCCCCCGAGCCCAAGACCCCCGGCCCCACACCUGGGGUAGACCUGCACGGGUGGACCAACCGGCGGCCAGCUCUACAAGGUGAGCCUCACAACAAGUUCACCAGAGGGUCCGUGAUGGCCAGGCACCACUACCAGGCCCCUGGCGCUACCAACGCCACUUACGCCACCAACGCCACCAACGCCACCACUGCUACCUACGCCACCAGCGCUACCAACGCCACUUACGCCACCAACGCCACCAACGCUACCAAUGCCACAAACGCCACCAACGCCACCACCGCCGCCACCAACACCACCAACCCCUCUGCGUCCACUAGGGAGGGCGGGGACGACCUCCGCCAUUCAGUCGAAGCGUUGCCAUAUAAGGGCGUGGCUCAUGCCCCGCCCCCCGCCCUCUACGGCGCCGCUUCCAUCCCCUUUCUGACCCGCAUGGCCCCGCCCAAGGCGCCUCCCCCGCUGGUGGCGGUGGCCACGCCCACUAGGGCGCGGCCCUGCCUGGUCUUGAAGUCACUCACCCUGCCCCCCGUUCAGCUCCCCAACCUCAAGCCGGCCAAUCACAGCCAAGCGGGGGCGGGGGCGAGAUGCAACCCCACCUUCAGCUGCCACAGCUGGAGGCCCGCCCCGUCCCAGGCGGGGCACCCCCCCACCCGCUCCAGCGGCAGCCUCCACAGGGACCUCCCGUUCCCGAUGCGGCCCUGGCUGUAG